AUGAUACAAGCAGGUUAUUUCCAGCACCUCAAACUCGACGAGGCAGAGAUGCCUUCGUGCGACCGGACUCCUCCACGGACGCCAAAAACGCCUUGUUCUCCUCUUGAGCUACAUAAUAACACCUUUUGCUUUAGAAAAGGACCGGACACCCCAGUGAUUUACCAACCGGAGGGGCAUCCACGUCAGGCAGUCAUUGAUGGUGAUAUCUGGCCGCCAAUUUUUAAGCCUCAACACGUGCGUAGACUAACUACGGUAAGAAAGCAUGCAAUUUAUUGCGGUUUCGAUGUUGUCAAAUUUGCUGACAUGUUGUCAGUUGAACUGACUGAUCUCACCGAUUUGUCCCGUUACGAUAUAAAUCCUCCAGACGACGAAAGCCUGUUCAGAUCGGCAAAGAACAUGCUCGUAGAGGACGACGAUGUAUUUAUAGCCACCUAUCCUAAAUGUGGGACCACUUGGUUACAACACAUUUGUCAUCAGCUGAUCCGUGGUGAAAACUACCAAGCUACGGAAGGAAAUGAGAUGUGUGUUCAAAGCCCUAUGAUAGAGCGAAUGGGAGCAAAGUUCUUGUCAAACAUUGAACGACCACGCAUUCUCAAAACACACUUUUCUGCUUACAAUAUCCCCAAAAAUAACCAUGCUAAAUAUAUCUUCUGUGUAAGAAAUCCGAAGGACUGCUGCACAAGUUAUUUCCAUCACAAUCGCAACUUCAAAAUCUACAAUUUUGCGAAUGGCGAUUGGGAAACGUUUGUGGAUUUGUUCCUCUCUGGUCAGCUCGCUUUCGGCGACUACUUCGAUCACCUGCUGGGUUGGCUGCCGUUUAUUGAUCAACCUAAUGUGCUCUUCUUGAUGUAUGAGGAUAUGCUAAAGGAUCUCGAGGGAACAAUCUAUAAGAUAGGUAUGUUCCUCGGCGGCGAUGCAGAGAAGCUCGUGCAGAACUCAGAGCGCCUAGAAACCGUUGUACAAAACAGUGGCAUAGAAGCCAUGAAAAAGGAUCAAAAACGCUGGUUUCCCGAAGCAAUAUUGUGA